AUGGCAUUUUUUUUUCAUUAUGGGUGGAACAAGAACGAUAUUAUAAUUCAGUUUCCUGAAUAUUUGAAACUUGUUCAACCAUGCUCUGCAGUGUGUCAAUUGCCAAAAAACUCGGGGUGGGGCUUAAGGAGGCUCUUAAAUAUUUUAAAUAGAGUGAAAAGUUCAAGAAUAGCCAUGUUUGAUCUUCAAAUAAAAAAAUCACACCUGAGCUUUAUCGAAUCAGACGUGCGUUGCGUUGUAGAAAAUAUAGGAAAAUAA